GCAAAAACAACGUUCCAUUCUUUCGUUACCAUGCUACCGCCACACUGACUAUUUAAUCGAUAGUGACGGCGUUCAGCGAUGACUGACGCAGUUUUCAAGCAAUAGCCGUAGUGAAAACACAGCUCCCUACAAUCGGAUGGGUGGUAAAGGCAAGAAAAAGAAGGGAGCCAAGGAUUCGUCCGGCGGGGGCGCUACUGGGACCGGUCAAGCAGGAAGUGGUGGCGGAGGUGGACCUAGUACUCCAGCAAAAGACAAACCAGAGGCGGAGGAGGGCGACGAAGAGGAUGGUGAGGCAAAACCCAAAAAGGGCAAGGGCAAGAAGGGCAAAGGCAAGGGCAGCAAGUCGUCUAAGUACCAGGGUGACAUAUUCAACGAGGCGGCCAUGGAGAACGCGUACUACAUCUGUCACAACAUCCAGGAUGUACUCAAGUCACGUGGGUUCGCCUGGCCCGAUGGUCAAAAGAAGAAGAAGAAGGGGAAAAAGUAAAUGAGGAGGCCGACGUUGCCCAAUCACGGAUAGAGAUCGUUAACAGAAGGCGUUUCAUCCAUUUUAAAGAAUUAUUAUUUUUGGAAGGAAAUCUCCUGUGUUCAGAAGUGUGUAAAUAAAACUAAACGAUCAGCAGCGUCGCUUAAGUGUGUUGUUUGUGUGUGUUUAGCUACUUUUCUAGGUAACUAUCCGUUAAAAUUAUCGCGCCUAUUUGUGCGAAAGUUACUUGCGAUGGGAGCUAUAACUCGGAAGAGUGGUACUCUCGAGCCUCAAGCUCUCGGCUAUCUUCGUUCCGGCAUCAAUCAACCCGUGGAAGUGCCCUUCGGCCAUAUGCAGGGAAUCCGACCCCCAUACAUCGUUUUGUAUGUCAUCAAUCAGCUUCUGCAAUCCCGUGGAAUGUCGCUUCAAAAAAAAUCCACUGCCGCCCGCAGUGCAUACCCGUAUCAA